AUGUAUAAAAAGAAUAGUUUGAUAGAUCUUACUCCAAUCUCAAUAAGUAAAUCAACACAUUUAGGAAAGAACAAACCUUUCUGUCCAUCCUUGUUUUUAAAUUAAAUUGAUAGUCAACCCAAAAAAUUUGAAGAUGACUACCAUGAAAAAGUCUUAGAGUUAGAAAUACCAGAAGAUAUAAUACUUCCCAAGACUGUUCGAAGAAGAUAUGCUAUAGGGAAUGGAUUAUCUCCCUAAAAGACAGAUUAAAUCCUUCCCAGUCUCUCUUUACAUGUAACAAUGCAAAAAAGGAAUAUGGAUGAUCUUCUUCAACUUUAAGAAAUUUAAACGUAAAGGGAGAAUACAGAGAUGGAGAACAUAAAUAAAAAGAUUAAAUCCAUCAUUAAUAGUAAUAAAAGGUAAGUUUCUUUUUAAUCUUCUCAUGUUAUUAUUGAUGAAUUUGAUAAUUAUUAAGUUGUUCAAGAUUUACCUACUUAAAGACAUUAAGCUCCAAAGAGAAGAACACAUCUCAAGUAGUUGACAACUGAAAUAUGA